AUGGCUUUACGUGGCUUAAAAGUUUUGGAGCUUUCCGGUUUGGCACCUGGUCCAUUUUGUGGUAUGUUACUUUCAGAUUUUGGUGCGAAUGUGAUCAGAAUCGAUCGUUCAAAUGAUCAAAAUAUUGCAAAACUUGAUCGUCUAUCACGUGGUAAAAGAUCCAUAUCAAUUGAUUUAAAGGUACCAUCUGGAAUUGAUAUAUUUCGACGUUUAUCAAAAUCAGCUGAUGUUCUGAUAGAACCGUUUCGUCCUGGCGUAAUGGAAAAAUUAGGUCUUGGUCCUACCGUACUUAUUCAUGAGGAUAAUAAACGUUUGAUUUAUGCAAGACUAUCGGGCUAUGGUCAAAAUGAUUCUAACAGUAAAUUAUCCUUGAAAGCAGGUCACGAUAUUAACUAUCUAUCAAUAAGUGGUGUAUUAUCAAUGUUAGGAAGAAAAAAUUCAAAACCGCAUGCUCCACUAAAUGUAAUAGCUGAUUUUGCUGGUGGCGGCUUGCUGUGUGCCUAUGCUAUUAUGGCCGCAUUAUAUAAUCGUGAACAAACAGGAGAGGGACAAAUACUUGAUUUAUCCUUAGCUGAAGGUUCUGCAUAUGUCAGUUCAUGGUUGUAUACUUCGCGUGAUAUUCCAUUUGUAUGGUUCAGUGAGAAACAAGGGGAAAAUUUACUGGAUGGUGGUGCUCAUUUUUAUGAUACUUAUGAAACAAAAGAUGGAAAAUAUAUGGCUGUUGGCUCAUUGGAAAAAGAUUUUUAUAGUGACUUAUUAAUUGGACUUGGUUUGAAUCCUAAAGAUGAAUCAAACAGUCAAUUUAAUAUCAAUGAAAUGACAAUGAAAUUUGAGAAAAUAUUUUUAGAAAAAACACAACAAGAAUGGAUUGAGAUAUUCGAUAAACUGGACGCUUGUUGUACGCCUGUUCUUAAUUGGACUCAAGCACACGAACAUGAACAUAAUAAAAAGCGAAAAAAUUUCAUAUCAUCACCGACUAAUAAUACACACGUGCCAAAACCAGUACCAAACUUUUCUUUGACACCAUCACACAUCAAUUUGAAUUUACCCUAUUCUGGUCAACAUACUGUUGAUAUCCUUGCAGAAAUUGGUUAUAGUUCGACCGAAAUAGAACAAUUUCUGGAACAACAUGUUGUUCAUAAAACAGAAAAAAAACUUAAAGCAAAACUGUAA